AUGGAUGUCUUUGUCAUCUGUGAGACCAUCAGAGAUAUAAUGACCAAGCGGCAGGUGCAGAGCUCCUGCCGGCCGAGCAAAGAGCCCCCAGGAGGAGUCAACAAGGUGCUGGCCGAGAGGAACCAUGCUGUGGUGGUGGGAGCCUGGGUGGAGAGCGAGCACGACUUUAUGGAGCACCCAUCUGUGAUCAACCCGAUGAGCCACACCUGGGCCGUCUACAUAAAAGGCCAACACCAACCCAUACUGCGCUCUCACUCUUCUCCUAUGAGCCAGGCCGUAACAGUGUCCAACCUGUUUUCCCAUGUCUUGAUUCAGGCUCUUGCUUUGCUCACUGAAGAGAUCCAGUUAGAGAAGAGGAGGGAGACUGAGGAGAGCCUUCUACGAUUUCAAGAGGAAGUACGCCAUCGUGUGGCGCAGCAAGCUCAAGUCAGCAAGAAGAGACCGCAGCCUCACACAGAUCCCAUGAGGGCAGAGAAAACGAAAGAGGAUUUUGACAUUGUUGAAAAGAGCGGAGACGCCAUUACAGGACAACAGGACAAAUGGCUGAGAAAAACCCUCUUUGAAAGUUUCCUGAGCUGCCAUGUGUGUUCAGAGACUUUCAGAGAUCCUGUGUCUCUGGGCUGCAGCCACAGCUUCUGUUCGAGCUGCCUGCAGACAUUCUGGGAACAAAGUAAGAACAAAAACUGUCCUAUUUGUAAAAGAAAAUCUUCAAAAGGUCUUGCGGUGAACUUUACACUAAAGGAUCUGUCUGACUCCUUUGCUGAGAGACAGAAGCUGGCAUCUGAGACAGAAAAAAGAGAGGUGGAGGUGGUGUGUAGUAAACAUCAAGAAGAGCCUAGAUUGUUCUGUAAGGAUGAAGAGAGAGCUGUGUGUCCUGUCUGUGAGUUUUCUCUCCACCAGAGUCAGGUGGUUCCUGUAGAACAAGCAGUCAGUGAGCUGAAGGACCUGCUGAACUCUGACUUAGAGUCUCUGCAGGACAAGAGGGACAAAUACAAAGGAGUGGAGACAACAUACAAUGAAGUGAUUCAAGUGUCCAAGAAGCAGCUGCUGUCCACAGAGAGGCAGAUCAGAGCAGAGUUCAUCAAGCUCCAUCAGUUCCUGAAAGAGGAAGAGGAGUCCAGACUGGCAGCUCUGAGGGAGGAAGAGGAGCAGAAAGGGAAGACUAUCAGCAGAGAGAUGAAGAGCAUUCAGGAGCACAUCUCCUCUCUGUCACACAGUAUCUCUGCUGUUGAAGAAGAGCUGCAGAAACACAACGGGCCCUUCCUCAGCAGUUAUAAAGCCACUCAGAGCAGAGCCAGAGUCCAGAGCUCACUGUCAGACCCACAGCUGCUCCCAGGAGCGCUGAUAGAUGUGGCCAAACACCUGGGCAACCUGUCCUUCAGAGUCUGGGAGAAGAUGAAGGACCAGGUCCACUUCAGUCCUGUCAUUCUGGACCCAAACACUGCAAGCAGCUGGCUCUCUCUGUCUGUUGAUCUGACCAGUGUGAGACGUGGAGACACAUAUCAGCAGCUUCCUGGUAAUCCAGAGAGAUUCACUAACGGUCCUGAUGUUCUGGGCUCUGAGGGCUUCAGCUCAGGGAGACACAGCUGGGAGGUGGAGGUUGGAGAUCAUCCUGAAUGGAAUAUAGGUUUGACUAAAGAGUCAGCUGACAGGAAGGGAGAGAUAUUUCUCUCACCAAAAUAUGGAAUCUGGUGUUUAGUACAUCGCAGUGGAAAAUACACUAAUGGUGCUGGUGAGACUGUCAGAGUGGAGAAGAAUCUCCAGAGGAUCAGAGUCCAGCUGGACUAUGACAGGGGGGAGGUGUCCUUCUACGACCCUGAAGGCAUGACUCACAUCUACACUCACAGAGACACUUUCACUGAGGAACUCUUCCCAUAUUUCAGUAUUGGAAAAGCUGGUGAUGCUAAAACGGCUGAUAUCAAAAUCUGUCAAACUGAGAUUCCUCUGUGAUGCUCAGGAGUGUUGUUCAGACUUUAUUCUGACUUCACUGUCCGUCUAGAUCUCUUUGAAAUAAUCAGGAUAAGAAACAGAUGAUCAUCAGAUCAUAAUUUUAGCCUGUAAGAUUUCUAAAUGUUCUGAAAAUGUGAUCAUGUUUUAAUUACAGCUUUAAACAUUAUAUUCAAAGUCUCAGUGUAAAAAAACAAAUUGAUUGUUUAUUGUUAUUGUUUAUAUUUUGUUAUACUUUUUUAUUGUGUGUUUAUAAUUUUCAUUUAACUCACUGACAUUUUUUUGAAUCUGAAAAUCAUUUUUAAAUACAUUGAGGCAUGAUUGAUGAAUGCUCAACAUUUUAAACCAAAAUCUUUAAAUAAAUAAAUAGAUGUUCUGUUUUUCUUUUUAAUCAAUGUCCUGAAAAUGUUUGUGUUUUUUUUAAUUCUAAUAAAAACUAGCAAAUCAAAGCUGUC